AUGGCGAUGUAUGGAAUACAGCAAGGGGACAUGGAAAGCAGCCCCGAUUUCAACAAGCAAACCUGCCAACAGCAUCCGUACCAGCUCAGCCCAAUCUUGGAAUCCCCAGCAUCCUCUUCCUCGAACGCCAUCGUGUUGGCAGAGGGUGGCUCGUUCAUCGCCUCCCCGAGCACAUGCCAGCAACAGCAGCUCGGCCCUGCCCCUUUCCCAGUGUCGCCGAUCCAGUCACCUCCAGAGAAGCAGACCCACCGCAAAGGCCGCGCCCCGCUCUCCGACAUCCGCAACACCAGCAACGCAAAUGCUAAUCGCCUUGACCAGCACUCUCCUCAUCUGCAGCUGCCUUCGCCAGGGUUUGCCCGACACAAGGGAUUGAUGGCCACGUCUUCCCCCGGAAAAUAUCUGCGGUCCUCUCCCUUGUGCAAGCAGAUGCAGCAGCAGCAGCAGCAGCAGCAGCAGCAGCAGCAGCAAUACGUGCGCUACGGCAGCCAUCAAUCCUCACCUCGACAGCAGGCCCCGGCAGCCACGUCGUCGACAUCACCGCGAGGCAUGUCUACUCCAUUUGGCAAGCGCCCGCCAUCAUCUUCGGCGUCAUCAUCAGUGCGGCGGUCACAGCGAGGGACACGCGCGCACAGUGGCGGCGUGCCGUCGACACCAACGGCAACAACAUCAUCAGCAUCUACCCCCUGGCUCCGCAACUCGUUCUAUGGCAGCAACCCGGGAUCAUCACGCCGCACACCGGGGAGACAACAACACCACCCGUUUAUGGACUCGCAUAUGGACCACUUCCCGGACCUGCAGUCGUGGCUGGCCGAACCGGCACCUCCAGGACACGACAGCGAAUUUGAAGCCUCCCAGUGUGAAAAUGGCGGGAGCAAUGCUGCUGGUGCUGACAAGCAAGACGGUGGCGAUGAUCAGUUCGCCCAAGACGAGCAACAGCAACAGCAACAGCAGUUGGACAAAGAGAACGAAGAGGAGGAUGAGGAUGAAGCCCUGGACAACUUCAACUGGUCGAUUGAGGAUCGCGCCGUCUUUUUUCCUGUGGAGAUGGACGAGCACAACCCGGCCAAGGUAGAUCCCAACUGGUUCAAAACAAAGCUGACGCCAUGCCGUCUUCGGAAGUGUGAGCAGAAGGAGCAAGAACUUGAACACCAGUUUGACAACUACUUUCACCCAUCAAACAAGAUUGUGCCAUCACCAUCACCCUGGCGCUCGCGCGCACCCCGCGGGCCGCGCUUUCCAAACGUGUUCAAGGCUGUUACUGCAUCUGUUGCCCCGCACAAGAACAAAACGAGCAACGAUGGCAACGACGACGAUGACCACCGUCACGUGAACGCGUUGCGGCAGGAGCUGGAACGCGCGUGCAUUGAAGAAGUGCCAGAGAUUCAAACGCAGGCGCCACAGCAGCAGCAAGAGAAACCAGUCAUGAGCACAGUGGCAUGCCAGACCAACUUCAGUUUCCCGCCAACGGCCGUGGUGACCUUCACAGUCGCUGACGGUGGUGCGUGCAACCGGUUGCGGCAGUCACAAGAGGAGGAGGAGGAGGAACCAACAGAGGUGCGCGUGAAUGUGAAGGUGGCCACACAGACAACAGCAACAGCAACAGCGGCAGGUGCCGAUCUAUUUAAUGUCAGCGCCAUUGAAGCCAUGGAAGACACCACCAGCGGCGAGCACCUUGUGGACGGCGACAGCAGCCAAGUUGCACCCUCCCCGCAAGGCAAGCAGCCACGGGACGAACAAGAACAGCAACAGGAGCAGCAGCAGGCACGUGCGCCACCUGCCAUAGUGGUGUGUUCGCCAGAUGCUUCGAGUAGCGAUGACCCGGACAAUGUGCAGCAAGACGACAACGGCAAGGCCGACAAUGCUGCUGCAGAGGGCGACGUGUGCUCGCAGCAGACUGAACACGGCAACAGCAAGACCACGGCGAACGUGGAUGGAACGUACCUUGGUCCCGAUGCAGGUGACGCUGAGCUUGGCGUGUGUCCCAUUUCACCUCAACGCAAGCAGCACCAGGCACGGCCCUCUGAGGUACCAGGCACCACCACAACAGCAACAACAACAACGACACCUCUGACAGCGACGCUGGUGCCUGAGCCAAGCACAUCCCCUUUUCACAUAUUUGUUGAAGAUUUAGAAAAGUCACAGCAGCAUCAGCAGCAGCAGAGUGUUGUGUCGCAGUCGAGUCGCCCCGCGUCAAGUACGCCUCGCAAGCGCGCCCGUGUUCGCAGGAGCACGCGUGCGAACAGCCUCAAUGGUACCGAUGGCGACAACCCCAACGUGCUGCCUGUGUCGCGCAUCUUGUCUAUGCACGCCGACACCGUCAUCAACACUGGCAGUGUGUCACGGCAGAGCUCGCCCAUGCGAGGGCGGUCAAGAGGGUGCUCGUUCUCCCAGCAAAUGCAGCAGCAGCAACAACAACAACAACAACAACAACAACAACAACAACAACAGCACGGCCACGAUAUUCAUAACCUGAGCAACGCUUCUCUCUCGUUUAUCGUGUGGGAGAACGAUGUGGAGGAUGCAUGCCAACCCGCGCCCUCGCCCUACAUGCGCCCCGUCGCACCGCCACCACUGCUCUCGUUUGCGGAGGAGCACAACAAGCACGCGCUGGUAGCACUGUCAUCGCCAGUUGUCAUUGCGCGGGGCGACCCGACUGACACCGCGGACGAUGACAGUGAAUGGGAGGCAGUGCUCACGGAACGGACGCUUCACCCACGCACGCUCAAGGAAGCGUUGGAAGGCACCGGUGGCAUUGGUGGUGACGGACGUGUUGAUGAUGAGAAGACGAAAGUGGGCACAUGCGCCCGUCCACAGCCCAUCUACGCCACCGGCAACGGCGAUGACGAUGAUGAUGACGGCGGUAGCGACGAGCACAGCAGCAUGUCCGACAACGACGAAGGCGCUGUGGGCAACGAUGGCCAUGGCGAUGGUGAUGUACACCGGCAACAGCUUGCACACCCCAUGCUGGCUGGUGUACAUGCCCUCAACGCGAGUGACACCAGCGGCUGCUUCCUUCGCGUGCCAAAUGCAGAGACAACAGCUGCCACAGCGACGAUUGGCUGGGGUCCAGAUGCAGACCCGCACGAUGCCUGCAAGCACGAUGGCGAGUGCGAUGGCGACGGAAAGAAGUGUGCCUGCACGCGGUGCACGCUGACCACGCUCUCGUACAGCAUCGAAACGCUUCGGCUCUCGUGCACGGCACUGACUGAGCGCGUACAGCUGCGGCGACACACGCCGCUGCCUUCCCAGUCGGACUGCGCCAGCGACGCCGAGUGCGCUGGCCCUGAGCGCAGUGAAGAUGACGUGGGUAGCGAUGAUGACGAGCGUGAUGUUGGUGGUGAUGAGCACACUGCUCACGGUGGCGCAAACGAUGAAGACCACGAGGAGCAAAGCGGCGGUGAGGAACAGCGUGGCGGCCUUGCGGAUGUGGGGGAGUUGGAGACCUGCCGCGAAACCGAUGAUGAGGCCGACGGCGAUGUGUCCUCUCUUGAACGCGACGAAGGCGACAAGAUGAAAGAGAGCACGAGCAGUGGCGCUGAAGAUGAAGAUGACCAUGGUGAAGCGCUUCGUGAAGAAGUAGACACCAGUGCUGAUGCAGAUCAGGAGGGAGGUGUGCAAGCCAUGCGCUUCAGCCCCGUGAUGGUGGCGGCAUCCGCACGACCGCAAACACCACCACCACCACCGCCGCCGUCACGAACGCCGACGACAGCCGUGUGGCAUGACGGCCAUGACAUGGGCGCGGAGAGCCGCGCUUUUCUGCGCAUGGAUCACACGGAGCGUGAGCAUUUGCCGUGGCUGCGGCAACACCCCUCCGCAGGCGCUGCCAUGUUCGAUGACCGUGCGCCGGCGCAGGUCAGCACACCAAGCCGGCCGGCAACGGCAAUGAGCAUGCGUCGCAGCAGCCGCGGUGGCGCGACUCCACGCAGCGCUCUCUCCAGCGGCGCUGUCAGCCCCAUCCUGGGCGCAGACGUGCCGCGGCAGCGUGUCUUCCACGUCAACAAGCGCAGCAACGCGGGUACCUCUUCUGCACCGCAGGACCAGCGCCACCACCGGCGCAUACAGCCCUCGCCACCAGCAGCCAUGCACACGCGCACAGCGCCCAACACGCCGUCUGACCUUAUGCCGGGGCUGCACGCGCGCCUGGCCGCCAUGCGGGUUGAGACGAGCAGGCUGGUGCGGAGUCACGCAGAGUCAUCUUCCUCGGUGCUAUCACCGUCGCCAAAGUUGAUGCCGUCUUCUCGGCCGCGUGAACUGCCAAAGCCCCCGACGGACCACGCUCAGCAGACCAACCGCAGCAGCACGUUGUACAACCAGAGCUCUUUGCACACUGCGGACGAUUCAUACGCGCGCCUGGGCAUGCUUCCUCUUCAGCGCGACCAGCAGCAGCAGCGCCGUCAGCGCGCUCGCGGUGCUCCUUUUGCUUCUUCCCGUGUUACACCUGCUUCUUCAAGCUCCGCGAUUGCACCGACAACGACGCUGGCCCGCGUUGACCUGGGACACCUGCACCUCGACGCACACCGCUUCUCCCCGGCGUUUGUUCGCCUCAUUGCCCCUGUGCUCACAUGUUCCUGCUUGCUACUCCAACCUUGCAGCCCACCCUCCUCUUCCACCAACCGCCACCAACUACAACCAACCAUGUCUGCAUCCUGGAGGGCCGCUGGUCUCACGUACAUCCAGUUCUCGAACAUUGCUGCGCGCAUGGUUCGCCAUGCCCUGAAGCCCGAGGCCGCCAAGGAGGCGACCAAGCGCGCCGGCGGUAACAUCAACGUCCGCCUGUACGAGAAGGGCAAGGUCGUCUCACAGAAGCCCUUCACCACCCACCUGAAGGCCUGA